AUGGCGACCGAAAACAACCAGGUGAUGGACGUGCUCAACACCAUCUCGGGCACCUUUCGCAAGGUCACGGACAAUGCCGCCGAGUUCAUCGACAAGGGCGUCGACAAGGCCUCCGAGGCCGUUCGCGAGAGGCUGGCGACGGUCGACUGGCUGCCUGACAUCGUGAAGCCUCUGCCCCCGCCCAAGCCCGAGGUCAUUGUCGUGCCGCUGUCGACAAUCGAAAAGCUGCAGAGCUGGUUCUCUAGGAACAAGUACCUGAUUGGCGCUGCCGUCGUCAUCACCACCACCGUUGCCUACAAGGGCUACCAGCAGAACAAGUACGUGCGAAAGGUACGGAGGGCCAAGCGAAGCAAGAAUGGCGGCCGCUCCGAGGUUGUCGUUAUCGCGGGGUCCCCUCGCCUGCCGCUGACCAAGUCGCUGGCUCUGGAUAUGGAGAGGCGCGGCUUCAUCGUCUUUAUCGUGUGCAACGCUCCUGAGGACGAGGCUGCAGUCAAGUCCUUUUCUCGUGCUGACAUUAUGCCCCUCACCAUUGAUACCACAAAUCCUCCCAAUGCCGGACUGGCUAUCGAGCGCUUUGCUCACUUCCUCACAUCUCCCAGAGCUCCCGGGCCCAACAUCAAGCCAAACCAGCUGACGCUCAAAUCCGUCUUCCUGAUCCCCAGCCUCCACUACCAGACCUCUCCCAUCGCCACUAUCCCCCCAUCAGCCUUUGCCGACCUCUUCAACACCCAUCUGCUGCAGCCCAUUCUCACCAUCCAGACAUUCCUCCCGCUGCUCACAUCAAGGCUUGGCCCCAUCGGAGAGAAAUGGGUCCCUCCCAAGGUCCUCGUCUUCACCCCCUCCAUCAUUUCUUCCAUCAACCCGCCCUUCCACGCUCCCGAAGCUACCGUCUGCUCCGCUCUAUCGGCCUUCACCGAGGUCUUGACAGCCGAAUUGCGACCUCUCGACAUCCCCGUGACCCACAUGCAGCUCGGCACCUUCGACUUCUCCGGCUUCGUGCCCAUCCGCACCGGCUCGCCAACCCAGGGCUUGGUGACCAGCGCAGGAAACCCCGAGGACACGCUGGUCUGGCCCGACGGUGCUAGACACGUCUACGGACGCAACUUUGUUGCCCAGACCGCGUCGGCCAUCUCCGGAGCCCGCAUCCGAGGCCUCAAGGGCAGCUCCCUCCGACACCUCCACGCAACCGUUUUCGACGUCAUCGACGGCUCCGUCAAGUCUGACACCGUCCGCAUCGGCCUCGGCGCCAGCAUCUAUGGGUUUGUCGGACGAUGGGCCCCGCGAAGCAUCGUCUCGUGGAUGAUGGGCAUCCGCAAGGUCGACGAGCUGUCCACCUGGAAGACGAGCUCAUACGAGGGCUCCGAGGACGGCAGCGACGACGGCGAGGAGGGCGGUGAGGGAUCCAUCUCCGAGUCCAAGGAGUUUAUCGCCGUCCAGUCCGAGGGCAACGUAUGGAACUCGGGCGAGACUGCCAAGUGGGAUCAGCCUCCUACUGAUGCCCCUGCUCCUUGA